GACCAUGUCUUCACAGAAGACAAAUGCAAUACAGUUGUUAUCCCAGACAACAAAAUAUACUCCAUCCAAACAAUGCAGGUACAUUACACAAUGUACGACCUUCGACGAGAGUAUGACACUAUUAAUCCUCAGAUGCAUUCCGACAUCAUGGUCCUUUCUGGUGAAACAAAACCCCAACACCCUUACUGGUAUGCCCAUGUUCUGGGCAUAUUUCACAUGGACAUACAGUGGCUCAAAAAACUGUCCGCAUGUUUUGACAUUUUUCACUAUCUAUGA